UCAGGCAAGUUGUCAACUUGAAAUGCUUUACACACAAGGAUUGCAAUGCAUAAUAUGAAUUGUUUUAUGUUAUAUAGAUGCUGCUUGUGGCUCCCUAAUACCAUUACCAUUGAUGUCCCUCAUUUGUUGUUGUUGUUCCCCGAUGUCUCUCUCGCAUAAGAUGAAGAUAACGCUGAUAUAGUGAAAAUUGAGAUAAUAGAAGAUCUGUGUGUGAGGCGUCAGGUGGAAGCUCCAGAUGAUAAAACCAAUGACAUCAUCAACUCAGGCGAUAUGGAUGUGACGCCUUCAGAUGGCUCAGUGGUUGAGCACGGAGGAGAAUCGUAUGUGUGUGAUCCGGUGAAGGCUGAGGAGGUGGAAGUUCCAAUAAAUACAGCUACAGGGCGUCUAGAGGAAAACCUGGGCACUGUGCUAUUAAAUGUGAAGGAAGAGUAUGAGACGGAUGACAUGAAUAGUCAUCAGACUGAAAUACAUUGGUCCCUCCCUGCCGACAAAGAUAAGGCGGAAAUAGUCAAAUUUGAGAUAACAGAAGAUCUGUGUGUGAGGCAACAGCUGGGAGCCCCAGAUGAGGAAACCAGUGACAGUAUCAGCUCAGGCCAUAUGGAUGUGACACCUUCAGAUAGCUCAGCGGUUGAGCACGGAGGAGAAGCAUAUGAUCAGGUGAAGACGGAGGAGGAUGAAAUUCCUAUAAAUACGGCUACAGGUGAUGUUAAGACUGAAGUUACACUUAAUGUUGAACAAACGCAUGAUCUGUAUGUAAAUAGACAACGAGAAGCUGUGAAGCAGGAAAUCAGUGACAAUAUCAGUACAGGUGAAUUUACAAAAUCCAAUAAUCCUACUCAUUGUCAGAGUGCAGAUUCAUCUUUCAAUCUUCUUCAAAACCAAAGAAACCUCAUGAAAAAUGUAUUUUAUGAACGUGGGAAAUGUUUUUCUGGGAAUUCACAUCUUAUUAGACAUCAAAAAAUGAAUUCAGGAAAGAAAGCAUUUUCGUGUUCUGAAUGUGGAAAACGGUUUACCCAGAAAGCAAAUCUUAAUAAUCAUCUGAAAAUUCAUACAGGAGAGAAAGAAUUUUCAUGUUCUGAAUGUGGGAAAUGUUUUACUGUAAAAUCAAAUCUUAUUUCACACCAGAAAAUUCAUACAGGGGAAAAAGCAUUUUCAUGUUCUGAGUGUGGGAAAUGUUUUAGUCGGAAACCACAUCUUACUAGGCAUCAAAAAAUUCAUACAGGAGAGAAAGGAUUUUCAUGUUCCCAAUGUGGAAAAUGUUUUGCUCUGAAAACAACUCUUCAUACUCAUUUGAAAAUUCAUGCAGGAGAGAGACAAUAUUCAUGUUCUGAAUGUGGAAAAUGUUUUACCCUGAAAUCAUAUCUUAUUUCACAUCAGAAAAUUCAUACAGGGGAGAAAGCAUUUUCAUGUUCUGACUGUGGGAAAUGUUUUACUCGGAAACCACAUCUUGUUAGGCAUCAAAAUAUUCAUACAGGAGAAAAGGAAUUUUCAUGUUCCAAUUGCGGAAAAUGUUUUGCUCUGAAAACAACUCUCAAUACUCAUUUGAAGACUCAUACAGGAGAAAAAGCAUUUUCAUGUUCUGACUGUGGGAAAUGUUUUACUCUGAAAUCAAACCUUAUUUCGCAUCAGAAAGUUCAUACAGGGGAAAAAGCAUUUUCAUGUUCUGACUGUGGGAAAUGUUUUACUCGGAAAACACAUCUUAUUAGGCAUCAGAACAUUCAUAUAGGAGAAAAAGCAUUUUGAUGUUCUGACUUUGGAAAAUGUUUUAACCAUAAAUCAAAUCUUAUUUCUCAUCAAGAAAGUCAUACAGGAGAAAAAAACAUUUUUAUGUCCUGAAUUUUACCCUGAAAGGACAUCUUGUUACUCAUCAGAAAAUUAAUUUUACAGGAAAUCUGGGAAAUCAGGGCUUAACCUCAUAAGUGCAGAGGGUGACACACAGUUUUCAUCCACACAAUUUCUAGCAUUCUGAUGAUGACUACAUAUUGUCCUCUGGGGAGGGGGCAUACUUUAGGAGCACCUCAAGAGGUUACAAUAUGGCACAAUGUGUUUGUCAUCCUUGGGUGAUUUGAUAUAAAAAAAAUUGAGUAGAGGUUCAUGGAAGGGAGCUUCUAUGUGCAGUUAUAUAAAAAAGAUACCCAAAAGCACUUAUUCAUAUGUUAAUAAACCAUGAAAUGUAGGUACUGUUGAGUGUGUUAUAGUCAGAUGAUCACUGAGGUGACAGCAUUUCCCUAGCUGGAGUUUAAAUUGACCAGAUGUAUAGGUGUACAGGAAGAGCCCCUAUGUUAACAUCAAAAAGUUUUUACUUUUAAUUUCCAGUUCCUAAAUUCUUUAGAAAUUAUUCUUUAUUUCUCUUUAUUUUAGAAAGGUUACCUAAUACAAUUAUAGAUCCUCAAACAUUUGACUAUAGAGUUGAGAACUAAAAAUAUCCCACACUGUAAUGUUAUAACCUUGUUUAUUAAAAUUGUAAUCAAAAUA